AAAAAGAUGUCAGGAGGAAAAUUUGAAAGCACUUUCGUAAUAGGGUCUAUGCUCAGUGUGAAACUGGAUAGGUUUGCUUGCAAGUUCUGACAGCAAGUAGUUUGGGAAAGUUAUUUUGAAAGUAAGAUGUUUUGUGACAAGGAAAAGUAAUGCUUUUAGGAUGCACUUUCUGGACUGUAGGUAUGUCUAAACUUUGAGAUUCAUAUUUCAAAACACUUGAUGGACAUUCUGCCAGCCAUGGGUGUGUCUCCCUCAUGUGAUUUCCUAACCUUGCUUAAAGGUAAAGUGCACCGUCGAGUAGGUGUUGACUCCUGGCAACCACAGGGGCGCAAUUUCAGUGCUUGCCCUAGGCACUAUUUUCCUUAGAUACACCCCUGCCAGCACCAGCUACCAAACCAAACAGAAAGACUGAGGAAUUUGUUUUUCUCUGAUAAUAAGAUUAGAAAUUUCAUACCUAAAGAACUUGGCAUAACUGCCAUAGCUACUUGCUGUAUCAAGGCUUACUGAUUAACUCUGGCUUCUCAUACCUAGCCAGAAUUAUGUAGAGACAGCAUUAAUAACACAGAGCUGACCUAGAUUUCUUUUGUUUUACUUGUUGUUGACUUACUUUGAAAGUGAAAUAUGAGAUCUAUCCUUUCCUUGCCAAUCAGUUGCACUGCAAUAGGACUGCAUCUGAGCUGUAACCAUACUUAAAUAGAGAGACCCAGAAGCUGACAGAGAUUGACAAGUUACAUCUGUACUGAGCAAAAUGUGUCUUGCCUGGUCUGGGCUGCCUGUGAACCUCUACCUUAUUUUUUAUGGAGCUGUUAUUUUCUGCCUGGGCAGUGUGCUGCUGAAAGCUAUCUACCUUUACAGGAGAAGGAAGAAACUGAUAAAAUCUCUAGAGGAUUUCUCAGGUCCUCCCAAACAUUGGUUUUUUGGCCAUGCCAAUAAGCUUGGUCGAAUUGGUGAACUAGACACAAUAGUGUCUUGGGCAGAAAAAUAUCCAUACGGUCAUCCCCUAUGGUAUGGCGUUUUCUUGGGCUUUCUGAAUAUCUACCACCCGGAUUAUGCAAAGGCUGUAUACAGCAGAGGAGAUCCAAAGGCUCUUGAUUUCUACAAUUUCUUUCUCCCAUGGAUUGGGCAAGGCCUACUGGUUUUAGAUGGGCCCAAAUGGUUCCAACACCGACGGCUGUUGACUCCAGCAUUUCAUAGUGAUAUAUUAAAGUCAUAUGUGACACUGAUGGUCGACUCCAUCACGGUGAUGCUGGAUAAAUGGGAAAAUCUGAUCUCGGACCAUAAGUCAAUGGAUAUUUUCCAGCAUGUUGGCUCUAUGACACUGGAUAGCAUGCUGAAAUGCAUCUUCAGUUACAACAGCAACUGCCAGAAUGACAGGACGAAUUCAUAUGUCCAAGCAAUUGGUGACCUCAGUUCUUUAGUGCAGGAAAGAGUACAAAAAGUUGUCUAUCACAAUGAUUUCAUCUAUCGUCUCUGUCCUCAUGGGUACCGUUUCUUUAACGCUUGCAAUGUAGCCCAUGUCCACACAGACAAAGUGAUUAGGGAAAGAAAGGCACUUCUCAAAGAUGAACGAGAACUUGAAAAGAUCCAAAAGAAGAGGUAUCUAGACUUCUUGGAUAUUCUUCUCUGUGCCAAGGAUGUAGAUGGUGUUGGAUUAUCUGAUGAAGACAUACGUUCUGAGGUGGACACUUUCCUAUUUGAGGGCCAUGAUACCACAGCCAGUGGGAUUUCCUGGAUCUUAUAUGCAAUGGCCCAGAACCCUGAACAUCAGGAAAAAUGUAGGGAGGAGAUAAAGGAAAUUCUGGGGGAGCGAGACACUAUGCAUUGGAAUGACCUUAGUAAGAUGACCUACACUACGAUGUGCAUUAAGGAAUGCCUCCGCAUUUAUCCUCCUGUCCCUCAGGUGUAUCGAGAGCUCAACAAGCCUGUUACAUUUGCUGAUGGAAGGACAUUGCCCGAAGGUGGCUUAGUAUCCCUGAAUAUUUAUGCUCUUCAUAAAAAUGCGGAUGUGUGGAAGGAUCCUGAGGUGUUUGAUCCCCUUAGGUUUUCACCAGAGAAUUCAGCUCAUCGACAUCCCUAUGCAUUUUUACCCUUUGCUGCUGGACCCAGGAACUGCAUUGGGCAACAGUUUGCCUUGAUGGAGCUGAAGUUGGCUGUUGCAUUGACGCUGCAGCGUUUUCACGUUUCCCCAGAUCCUGCUAAUCCCCCUUUGGAAAAACCUCAACUUGUCAUGCGCUCGUGGACGGGGAUCCAUUUGUAUAUAAAGAAACUUGUCUAAAGGCUUCUGUGAAUCAGUCAGGAUAACCAUUCAUUUAGGGAAGCUAAAAGCAUGCAGACAACUGGACCUUGUAAUCAUAAACCUUGUGGGGAAACGAGUAAUUAUAUUUUUUAGUGAGAGUGAGAGGAAGGCAUGUGUGGGGUAGACAUGUGCCAUGGCUUCUGCACACACUGCUUUAUCAGCGGGAUAUAAAUGUCAUGAUGCUUAGAAUUUGUUCUUAAUGCAUUUGAGGUUGAAAAUGUUAACAGCUUCAAAGUAAAGGAAAUAAAGAUACAUUUAGCAGACAGCUCAGUGCAGCUGAAUGCGAAACUGAAUGUAGGGAAAGUUUCCUCAAGGAAGAUAAAUCAAUAAGUUUCCUCAAGGAAAUUUUCCUCAAAGAAGAUAUACCAGUUAGUAUGCAGACGGCAGGUCUUGCUUUCUUCCAUGUAAGUCCUUAUCUCUGGAAUUGCCAUCCUUGGUUCAGGGUUGGUUGGAAACUUGGUUGGAAAGUUUCCUCAAGGACGAUUUAUGAAUUAAUAAGUUUCCUCAAGGAAGAUAUAUCAAUUGAUGGCAGCUCUUGCUUUCUUCCACGCAAGUCCUUCCUUUUCUAUGGAAUUUCCAUCCUUGGUUCACCCACUUCUUACGGAGAAUCCAGAUGAUGUCACUUUCAAAUAAUUGCAAUCCAGUGAUUUUUUGUGUUACUUCCCCAUGUUUGUUCAGAUCUCAUUUGUAGCUUUUAAAACAAAACAAUAAAACAAUAAAAAUAAAAUAUAAUUGCCGCA